GAACAAUAUAAAAAGAAGUGUUCGAGAGUAUCAAGUUGAAUAAGGCGGUGAUAUAUUUCUGGAAACAAUCACUUCAAAUGUCACUGAUGACGUGAUAACUCUGGAAUUUCAAAGGUCUGAUGGAACACUCGUGACACAAUUAAUGGACUUUAGAAAUGAAGUCCAAGUGAUGAAAGCUCUAGUCCUGGGUGAGGAGGAACGAGGUCAGAAUCAGUACCAAGUCAUGUGUUUUGUGAAUCAUUUUUAUAAAAUGGAUUUUAUAUCGUCCGAUGCAAUGGCCAAAUUGCGACAAAAAAAUCCAGGCACAAUUAGAGUUGCUGAUGAGGAUCGGGGGUAUACAAAUUACACUAUGGACUUAUUUUUGGACGUUUCCAAGUCGAAAAUCAUCUCUAAACAUAUUGCCACACUGUGCACUGAGGCAGCUGACUCCACGUAUACGAGGAGAGAGGAUCUGAAGCAAUGGGUUCAGAGACCAGGUACUUCUGAAUCGAUGCUGAUGGCAGCAGUACGAAAUUUCACAUCAUCACCACCCCCACCCCAAGGAACAAAUACAACGAGAUCACCAGCGGUAACGAAAUGUGCUGACACAUCGAAUUUAUGGGUCUCAUGUUCGUGCUCCCUCGAGUUGUGCAUUGGCUGGUACCCCUGCGGAUUGAAAUUCUGCAAAGGUAAAAGUGAUGGAAAAAAGUUACCAGCAACCUACAGGUGUGGUAUCAAAACAUGUAAAAAGUAUUUCAUAUUUUCUUACUACUCAAAAAUGAAACAGAACUGCAUGUGGGAUGAAUGACAUUUACGUUCGCGUUAGAGGUACAUGGCAUUAAAAUGCUCUCUCACGCGGAUACACAAUUGUAUGCAACACCCGCCAUGAAAAAAUUCGUGAUAUAUUUGCAAUAAUUUUCAUAUCCCAAAAAUCGUUUUUUGUUCAAUCGAUUAGGCAUAUCAAGAUUUUUACACUCGAUUUUUAGCUUUAACUCGUAUUAUUGUUAUUUGUUUCAAUCGAAUUUGUCAAUUGGUUGAUGAAAAUAAUUCUCCUGCCACGAGAUGAUGAGGAGUGGCCCUUUCAAUCUCCAAUGCUCUCUAUUGGAAAUGUUAUACGCGAGAACUCUGUCAAUUUCAACAUUCCCACCGAAUUUAGUCUUGAAAAAAUAAAUGUUCAAUUACACCUCGGUGAACAGCGAAGAAAGUAUAAUGUGAUUUAUCUCGCAUUUAUUUCAAUUCAAUUCCGAUGAAUGUAAUAACUGUUUUUCUCUGUCCUUUUAUUAGAAAACCAUUCAUGAAAGACUGUUAAAUCUGUCCAUUUGAUAUGUAAAUUUACCACAGUUAGUUAGAUGGAACACAAUACACAAUCAAAUUUGGAAAUUCAAUAGUCCGAAAUGUGUAACAAUUACACAAUUUAUCUAGUGUGAGACGAAGUUCGUCGCAGACCAGUUGAAAAGAAAAUUGAAAAUCAUUUCGUUGACAAUAACGCUAUAAAGAGUCGAUAUUAUUCAUGAGAAAAUAUGGAUAAUCCAAUUAAUGAACAAAUUGAAACAUAUUCGGGAGAUCCACCGAGAGUAAUGUACUUGUGUCUGUAAAUAGAAAUUGUAAAUAAGUGUAAUUACAGUGUAAAUUGCAAGGAUCAAAUUAGUGCAGAAGUCGUCGACUCUUUUAACUCGAAAUUAUUUAAUUUAUUCUAUUUGUAUAUUCGUCACUUAUGUGAUAAGGAUCGAUAACAAAUUCUGGGAAAUUAUUUUAUGUUGGAGAAGAGGAAAAAUUUGUUAUUAUUUUAUAGGUUUAGUUGGUGUAGGAGUACCUUUGAUAUAAUUGGAAAUUAGGGAUGGACAAAGUUGAAUUCAAAUGCACGAACAAUAUUUCCCAAUAAUGUCCCAAUGAUGUCAAUUUGUUGUAAUGCAGCUCUCUCAUCAUUUAAAACCGAAUUUCAAUACUGAUGCUCGAAUUAAUGUUUCCAUUGACAAAUAUCGCAUUUUCCAAAUGUUUACUAGUUAUGUAAUUGUUUUUGGAUUUCAAUUUUGUUUUAUUUCUAUGAUUUCUGUGUCAUCAAAAUAUCAUCAAUUUCGAUUGUUGGAAAAUAUGAGCAGCUGGAAGAUGAUAUUUAGGAUUUUAUACAAAUAAUAUGAGUUUUUGCCUUUUAUUGAGGCUUUAUUACUUUUUUAACUUUUUUUAUUAUUUAAAUUUUAAAUUCUGUUAAUCGCAAGAUAUUUUAAUAUUCGAUUAUCGAAAAAUGAAUUGAAAGCAGCUGAAAAAUUACAUGUUUGGUAUUUUAUACCAAGAAUAUUAAUUUUCGCUUCUUCAUUUUUUAUUAUUUUUAGACUUUUAUAAGUUGAAUGUCACAUUUUAUUACCCAGAACAAAUUUAAUAAUGAAUUAUUGAAGAGGAAAAGAACGAAAAUGAUGCGAUUGUCAGCAAAUCCAUUCAAAAAUACGACAUUAAAUCGAGUUCAGAGUAAUCAAUAUCUAAUAGCAUUUGUAUCCGAUAUUUCUUAAUUACUAUAAUUUAUAAUCGAAUGGAGUCUUCUCAAUUUUGAUUAUGGAAAAAACAUGGAAAACUAAAAAAUUUAAUAUUUGGGAAUCGACACAAAUCAUAUGUAUUUUUCCUUCUUAUUGAGACUUUAUUAUUUGAAACCAUUUCAAAUUGAUUUUUUAAUUUCGUUUCCACAGAAUAAAUUCUAAUGUUGAAUUUACCGGAAAGUGAAAAAACAAUCAUGUGAUUGUUGAGAAACCAGUGAAUUCGUUAAGAAGAACGAAGUGAAAUGGAGUUUACUCAUGACGAAUACAAAAGAAAAUUGUUCAAACAAACAGUGAAAGAAUAUUUCGCUUCUUCUUUUAUCAUUUUUAACCUGUGAUAAAUUGACUUUCAAAUUUUAUUACCCAAAACAAAUUUUAAUAUUCAAUUAUUGAAAAGGAAGAUGAAAAUGACGUGAUUGUCGACAAAUUUAUGCAAAAACACGAAAAGACAUGGAGUCCAAAAUAAUCAACACAAAAUACUGUUCGUAUCUGAUAUUUUUUAAUAACUUCAAUUUAUAUUCGAUUUAAAUCUCAAUUUUAAUUAUUGAAAGAAGAUAGGUAGCUAAAAAAUUCAAUAUUUGGCAUUCGACACAAAUCAUGUAUUUAUGCCUCUUAUUCAGAGUUGACUUUUUUAAACCAUUUCUAAUAGAAUUUUUUAUUUUGUCACCCCAGAACGAAUUCUAAUAUUGAAUUCAUCAACAAGUUAAAAAAAUUAUGUGAUUGUUGAGAACCCAGUGAAUGCAUUAAGAAGAAUGAAAUGAAAUUGAGUCUGCUCACGACGAAUACAAAAGGAAAUUGUUCAAACACUGAAAGAAUAUUAAUUUUUCGGUUUUUCCUUUUUUAUUAGUUUUAACCUUUGAUACAAUUGAAUUAUUGAAAAGGAAAACGACGAAAAUGAUGUGAUUGUCAGCAAAUCUGUGCAAAAACACGAAAUGAGUUGAAGUAAAAAAUAAUUAACACAAAAUAAUGUAAUUGAAACCUCAAUUUUGAUUAUUGAAAGAACAUAGGUAGCUAAAAAAUUCAGGAUUUGACGUUCGAAACAAAUCAUAUGUAUUCAUUCCUCUUAUUCAGACUUGACUUUUUUAAACCGUUUCUAAUGGAAUUUUUUACUCUGCUACCCCAGAAUGAAUUCUGUUAUUGAAUGCAUCAAAAAGUUGAAAAAAAAAUCAUGUGAUUGAGAAACCAAUGAAUGCAUUGAGAAGAACGAAAUGAAAUUGAGUUUGCUCAUGACAAAUGCGAAAGAAAAUUGUUCAAACAAACACUGAAAGAAUAACUAUAAUUACUGGGCAAACAGCCUCACACAAAUUAUAAAAAAAUCGAGCAAUUCGUCAUCACCACAUAAUGAACAAAAACCAAUUGCUAUAAUGUACCACCUAAGACCUUUUUGCUUUACACACGUAAUUAACCCAUAUACAUAUUUUUAUAAAUAUUUAAUAAAGACAAAAAAACCAUUGACACCAA